UUCUCAGAAUAGCUUCGACCGACGAGCGGCACGGCACGGAUUUCAAAAGUUUUCUCGUCGUGAAAAAGAAUCGCGAACAACACCUCAAGACGACAAAAGAAAUUUCUGCGGCGGAGGGGGCGGGCGAUUGUGUGCAUAAGGAAAAGUGCAAUGGCGUUUCUGGCAGAGUAAACAAACAGAUCAGAUCCCUUCCGAUGCGAUCCGAUUGAUCAUUUCCCCAGUACGCGCCGCAGAAUGAAUCUGAACGAAUCGGCAGCGCCAGCAGCAACGCAGCAACCAAUGUAUCCACAACAACCACCGCCAAAACCACUACGUGCCCGCCAUAAAGCAAACGCCCUGCACUAUGAAUCCUUGCCCACGGCACCGCCGGCCAUGUGCGGCCGCACCGAGGAGAAUAUCUUCCAGUUUCCCGCCGUGGCCUCACGUGCCCGCAAUCUCUCCGCCUCGCCCAACUUCGAGCGGCGCGAGGUCAAGGAUUUGCCGGUGUGCGAGCAUGGAAAACACUCGUGCUUCUUCUGUCAGCCUUUUCGCGCGGAUCGCGGCACCAUUGAGCCGCUUAAGACUCGCCUAAACUCUGCCAUCGAGGCCAUGGAUGAGCUGACGCGCACGUAUGAGCUGCUGGAAGGAUUCCUGGAGCAGAAGCUGGCCACCAUCGUAGACAACGAGGCGGGGGAGAAGCAGGCGGAGGAGCAAGCAACGACAAGUGCGGCCGCAGCUGCCACGGCCAGGCCAAGGCAGCCGCCAAGGGCCAUCACCAACGACACGGAGUUCGAGCUGGAACACUCCCUCACCUGGCUGGAGUCGCUGAUGGGCACCGAGGUGGUGCCAUCCUUCAAGCAAGGCAAAUUCAAGCGCAUACGCGAGCGGAGCAAAUCCAUGAUGGACGACGACAUCAAUAUGUUCAUGAAAGGCGAGCGAACCAUUAAGGCGAACUCAUCGCGUCCUUACCUGCUGCGACGCCAGAGCACGUACAGCGACAACAAGUCCAAGGUAUCCAAAUGGACAAAAGUGAAGGCGGCAUUCAAAUGGGAGCGAGCCAAUGUGCCACCCUCCUCUGGCUCGACAGGAGCACCAGAGACGAGCAUCCUUGUGCCGCUGAACAACGAGGUGGAGAGAUACCUCAAGGUUCCAAUUAGCCAGGCAGGUGGCAGCAGCUCGGCGGACAGCAUUAUAAGCUCCUCGUCCGGGCACUUUAUGAGCGACACGGGAGGCACGCCCGGCACCAUAAGCUCGGCCAGUUCCAUGGAUGAUCUCGAGGCUGGCUCACGUCAAAACAUUCGCCGCGACUCAUCGAAGAGCGAAGCACGCGGGGACUCGCGGGCCUCCAACUUUGGCGUGGAGCUCCGCAAGUCGUCCACCGAUGAGCGCCUGGAUAGUAUUAAGGCCGCUGCCGCACUGCCCACCAAAUCGUCAUCCAGCAAGUCGCUGCGUCGCUCCAAGGCAUUCUCGGACUUUGAGGUGCUGCCCGAGGAUCAUGUGGCGGAGAUCAAGUCCACCAGCAGUCGACGCCAGAAGUUGCCGCCGAGUCCUCUGAACCUGAAUCAGGUGUGCAGCGAUCUGCCGCAGCUGCAUUCGCCGCUCAAGAGUCCCAAGGAUAUGGCGAGCAGUCAGACCAUGCCACGCAUGCGGCGUGUCCACUCGCCGGGCAACUCAUCGGUGCCCAGCAGUCCCUCCAGACACUCGGAUUUCUUUGGUGAAUUUGAGAGUGAGGAUCUGUCCAGCGGCGACUUCUCAGAGCCGACAACGCCAAAUCGUAAGAAUUUCCCAGGUACCGAAGACGGGGAGGUAUUUCAACAUUAUCAACUUCUCGUACUCAAACUAGAUUCGGAUUUUAAGCGAAAGCAACGCGAGUUCGAGCGCUCUAGCGCCAGUAAUCGCAGUGUCAAGCUGUGCAGUGGCGGUGGCGCUGGCGGCGGCAGUGGCAAGCGGAGCAGCGACGAGCAUUCACCCACCCAGCUGUUGCACAGUGAUCUCAUGUCCACCGAGCAGCUGGAGCAGAAUCUAACGCCGCAGUUCAAGAAGAAGCUGCACAAAUGGCGGGCCAAGCAGCAGACCUGUGUCAGCCCCUAUGCCACCACCACGGAACCCUUGGCAGCCAGUCCCACGGCCAGGAGCCAGAGUGGCGAUGUGAAGCCCAAAAUCGAUUGGAAUCUGUGGAGCAUGGGCCAGAUGAAGCUCGAGGGACAAGGCCUCAGUGCUCUGCCCGACCAAAAGGAUUUGCCCGAAAAGUUUCAGAAAAAGUUGGAGCAAUGGAACCGCUUGAAGUGCACUCCUGGUGUUGGCAUUAAUUCGGACAACGAUUCGCUGAAGCGCGGCUCCAAGCACAGCCAGUCCACGUCCACACGUCGCGGAUCGGACGACGAUCGCUGGUACAAGCAGAAGGACAAGGAGAAAUUGUCGCGCCUCAAGGCCAUCGUGGCACCCGAUCACGCGUGCAAGAAGAUCGAAGUGAAGACCUCCGACGGUGAGGUGAUGAAAUUUGAGGGCAUCUCAAGGAAGUUUACGCGCAAGCUCUACGAAUGGGAGAAGGCCAGGGGCAUAGGGCCGGAGGCUUCCACUUUUGCCCUGCUGCAUCCCGGCUACUGUCCCAUUGAUGUGCGGCGCAUCAACAAGGAGUGUAACAAAGCCACUGCAGAGCACUCGCCCACACUCAGCCGUUCCCUUUCGCUGGACAGUGUAUCGCCGAAUUGCAACCAAGGGCAGGCCAUCUCGCAGCAGGCCUCAUCGCUGUCGCUGAAUGAUGUCAACGAACAUAUGAAGGAGAUCGAGGACAGCACCGAUGCCCUCACAGAUCACGAGUGCAAGCGUUACGAGGAGCCCGAGGCGGUUAUGGUGGAGGUGGAGGAGCACAUACACGACACUGCCUCGCCGCUGGUCACGGCCCACACGCUGGUGGAGCAGCAGACUCCGAUCUACAAAUACGAGGAGGUGCAGUGCAAUGACUAUGUCAACUCUCGACGCGUGCAGAGCUUCGAGUCGCACACGAAUCUGGCCCCCCUGCUCGGCGCAGUGAAACGUGCCGACGAGCUGUUUGGCCAUCUAAAGAAUGCCUCGCCGGACCUGCUGGAGCACAGCUCGGUGCGGGAGUGCCAGGCCGCUUUGCUCAGCAUUCGCAGCAUUUAUCCGUACUACUCCAAUAACCUGAUGAAGGCCACCGUGCUGAAUGCCAUAUCCGAUGUUCAGAGCGAACUGGGACGCCUGGCGGAGCUGAGCCAAAAGUCGCCACUGGAUGAGGCUUGCUGUCAGGAGACAAUGGAGGAGCGGACGCAGGAAUACCAGGAGGAGUUGCAGGGGCUGCUCGAGUCCCUGCAGUGCCUCAAGCUGAGCAUACAGGGCGGCACAAAUCGUUAUCCUCGGGACAUAGUGCCGGACAUCAACAUCACCAGCGAGGAUGGACAGCAGCUGGAGAGCAGCUCCGCGUAUGCCACCUGCGACAAUUCCAGCCGAGAUCAAUUGGCCCUCACGGAUCACAGUGCGGCCUCGCCCAUGGAGCACGAGACUGAGACCAGCACCACAACGGGCACCCUUUGCCGCUCCAACAUGGCCACGGCCAGUGCCAGUGUCAGUGCCAAUGCCCCCGCCAAUGCCACCAAGAAGAAGGUGGUGCGCCUGCGCAAGAUGGGUUCACGGCAGAACAGCAAGACGGAGAGCGACAGCAGCGAUGCGGAUACGCACAGCGUCCUGGAGACACCGCGUCGCUUGCGCCGCAAGAACUUUCGGGUGAAGCAGCGCUCCUUGGACGAUGAUUUCCGGCUGAGUUCCUUCACGGCAACUGUCCCGAAUGAGGCAGAUGCCACAGAGGAUGUCAUCUAUGGCUCCCUCAAGGUGAAACCUGGUGAACUUAUCGAACAGAGUCAAUGCAUUGCCCCAGCAACUGCUCCUCCUCCAGUUCCUCCUGCUGCUGCAGUUCCACCCAUAAAGCUGGGAGGAUUUGUGCCACCUCCGUUGCCGGAGCCCCAUGCCCGUACAUACAACGCGAAUGUCUUUGUGAAGACCAAGCGAAAGAUCUUCACGACCAUUGCGGAGCCGAGUGCCUCCGAGGGCAUUGCACUCAUCGAAAAGGAGCUGGACAGCCCCACGCACAGCGUCGAGGAGAAGCCCGAGAAGUCGGAGAGAGUCAAGAACCAGCCACGGCCGCUCAAUCUGUACAAAUCCAUCAGCCUGGAGCGACUGUCGCCACUCCGGCCCAAGGUGGAGCUGCUGCGCAGGUGCCAGAGCAGCGAGGGCGUGCGACAGGCAGCACUCCUGGUCCGUCCACCGCUGGCCAGUGACAGCAUCCAGAGGCUGGCGCAGCUGCCGGCCAAGCGGCUGCCUGUGGAGCUGUCCAAUCCGCCCGUGCCGCCCCGAAAGGCGCAUCUCUACAAGAAGAACUCGCUGCACAAGUCGCACAGCGCCACCGUCAGCAACAACAUUGAGCACAAGAUCGCCAAGACCAGCUCCGGCUCGACCUUCUCCAAGGUUCAUGCGCCACUGACGCUGCCCAACCGGGAGGACAACACGCUGCCUCGCAUUCAGCGCAAGCUGGAGGGCAAGACGACCCCUUCGCUGACCCCCACCAAGGCCAAGCACUUCGAGUUCCCGCCACCACAGCUGGUGCUGCCCGAGCGUCCGGCCACGCCACUCUCGGAGCGAGCCAUUCGCCUGCAGCUGGCGAAGGCGCAGUUCCUGCAAAGUGCUCCGGUGACGCCACGGCAGGAGCCGCUCACACCCACGGCCAGAGGAGAUGCCUCGUCGUCGCUGCACAAGAGCAUCAGUGCUGGCAGCAUCCGAGGAGGAGCUGAAGCAGCUGCAGGAGCUGUGCAGCAGCAGCAGUACAAUCAGGAUGUGUCCACCGAUCAGGAGAGUGCCGGCAACUCCAGUGCCUACGACAGUCUGCCGCGCUCCGUCAGUCGGAGUGCAAAGAUCUCCAGCAAGCUUGGCUUUGCCACACUCACCUCCAAGCUGCGACGUGGCGGCAAGAAGCAGAAGGAGUCUUCUGCCUCACCCUCAACCAGUGGCAGCGUGCUCUCCGCACUCUGUCGCCAGACAUUGAUGGCCGAUGUGAUUGCCCUGCCCCUGGCCUACGGGGCGGAGAAACCACCGCCCAGUCCCACCGCCAGGAAUGUGCACAAGUCGCAGAGCACACCACAGGCGGCAGUUCCACCGCAGAUCAAUUUCGAUGGGUUGAACAAGUCGCUGAGCGAGCAAUAUGUGCGCCAGCUCAAGGAGAGCGACGUAUAGUCAGAGUCAGUCACGAGUCAGAUGUCCAGAAACUACAGAAUCUAGUCAUAGAUUUAAAUACUUUGUUGCAGAGGUUGACCACAAAUCUAGUCAGCAAGCAUAAUGCGUGAUCU